AUGACUGCCUUCGUUAGUGAAGACUCGGCGAUUGAUACCAAUGGCACAAGGAGGGAGAACCCCGGCGCUCAGGAAAACUCGGACACAGACGGCUUGGGCAAAGGGGGUUCCACCAUCGGGGACCUAGCGAACUCCAGCUCGAACAGCCGGUAUCAGACGAACGUCUCCCCACGCCCCAGAAACAGUACGUUGCCCCUUUUGGCGAAGGAGUCUGCGCUGAUCGACAGCCUUCGCGACCACAAAGAGGCGAUCGCUGCGGACCUGAAAGCCAUUGAGAUAGCCCCUCGCAUGGUGUCGCCGACCUCUGUCGAUAAUCACCAAAAGAAGUUCAGGUAUGCUGCCGGUCAGAAACGUAAAGUACUCGACGACGUUGAGGAUCUGAUGGCGAAGAAGGCGCGUAUGGACUCCUACCUCACCAUAAUGUACGCCCAAAUUAACGAAGCUGUGGCAUUGUAUGAUCAACGGGUCAAGGAGGAGAUGCUUGAUGCUGUUGGUGGCGAGGAGGAGGAGGAGGUGUACGCAGCAGUUGGCGGAAAGGAGGUGAUGCGUGCCGCUGUUGAAGAGGAGAAUGAGAUUGAUAACGCUGAAAGCGAGGAAGAGUAG